AUGUCUUCGGCCACACGACACGCCCUCCUGAGCGACGGCUUCGGCCACCAACUGGUCCACGACUUGGUCACCACCUGCUGGACGCCCGCAAACAUCUUCAUCUCUGUCCUCAUCUUCACGUGGAUUUACAAGAUCUACAAGAGUGUGACGGAAGUGCCCACAGAACUGAUCGGCGUCUUAGACACGGAGACACUCAUCAAAGCCAGAGAUUAUAACAUCGAUAAGAGUUGUUUCGGGUUUUACGCCUUCAUUUGGAACCAAUUGCUGAACACUGCGAUCCUCUGGACAGAAGCCAUACCACUGUUGUGGCGCUAUUCGGGACGACUGAUCGGUCGCGUGGGCUAUACUGCCGGCGACCACGAGAUCCUACAGACGUUGGCGUUCGUGUUGAUCGGUUCCCUCAUCUCCCAUUCAAACGCCUACUUCUAUGGGUUCCACAAAAACAAACGCAUCGUUCUCUUCGAUACACUCAUUGAGGACUUCCAUAAGAAAGAGGAGGAAAAGAGC